AUGCUCGCAGUACUCAGGACAGCCCGCCAGGCGACUCGGCCACUCGCUCGCCAGCUCCAUGCCUCUUCGGCCGUUGCGGCGUACUCGAACUUCCUCAUGCCGGCCAUGUCGCCGACCAUGACGGAGGGCAGCAUCUCGGAGUGGAAGGUCAAGGAGGGAGAGGCAUACACGGCAGGCGCCGUCCUGCUGUCCAUCGAGACGGACAAGGCGACUAUCGAUGUCGAGGCGCAGGAUGACGGUGUGAUGGGCAAGAUCUUGGUUGGCGACGGCGCAGCGGGUGUGCAGGUCGGCAAGCUCAUUGCGAUUUUGGCAGAGGAGGGCGACGACUUGGCAAACAUCGAGGUUCCCUCAGAGGAAGCCGCCGCCUCCUCUUCCGCCCCCUCCCCCUCCGACUCCAAGUCCGAAGCCGGUCCAACCUCUCCUACCGCCUCCGACGCUCCUACUCCCUCUCCCGCCACUCCCUCCCCAACUCCCUCCGCCACCCAUGCCCACCAUCACCACUCCAAGCCUCUCCUCCCCUCCGUCCUCCGCCUCCUCGCCUUGAACGGCAUCCAGGACGCGAGCGAGAUCAAGGGAACUGGACACAACGGCGUUUUGACGAAGGGAGAUGUUCUUGCUUUCAUGGGCAAGAUCAGCAGCCCGCGAGGAUCGCUGCCGAAGGAGAAGCCUCAUGGUGGACACCCUGCGAACGAGUACACCGCGACGCCCAAAGACGUCAAGAAGCCGGUCGAGGUCCAGCUCGACGGUCCCAGCAUGCGCCGGAUCAUCGCUUCGGGUCUCGCUACCGCAGCAGCGGGACCCAAGCCUGCGAUCGUCUCCGCGCCCGUCUUCUCCUUCGACUCGAUCCUCGACGACUACCUCCCCCCUUCUCAGCGCUCAAACGCCCGCUCGACAUCCUCCGCAUCGCCCGUCCCGCCUCCUCCCGCUGCGAACCAGAACGCUUUCGACGCGAUCCUGGGACUGUAG